UGGUUUCAGAAGCGAGAUGUCAUGGGCAGAAGCAUAUGAUCUUGCGCUCCAAUUACAGGAAGUGCAAUCAUCAUCAGGAGAUGUUCGAUUGUCCGAUCGUAACUGCGUUGAGUUGGUGUCCUAUCUGAUUAAAAAAGAAAUGGUUCACCUAAUCUUUACUCAUGAUGGGCGCGAAUAUCUGACUCACAAGCAGCUUUAUAUUGAAGUGGAACAAGAGCUUGAGUUCGCGAAGGGCAGGAUUGGGUUAAUUGACCUUUGCGAUACUUUAAACGUCUCUGUGGAGCACGUGGAACCUGUCGUGAAGGAGUUAAUCAGAGAUAGUAGCACCGUAUACAUGGUCAAUAGUGAAAUCAUUCAAUUGUCGUAUAUUGAAUCUAUGGCGAUUGAAGUUAAUUUGAAAUUACAGGAAAGUGGGGUUUUAGCAUUCGGUGAAAUAUGUUCAAAAUAUGACCUUCCUGUAGCAUUUGUACAUGAGCAUCUUUCGAAGUACUUGGGAUCUCUUAUCCAUGGCUUUUAUACUCAAGACAAGUUAAGCCUGAUGACAGAAACGCAUAAGGCUUCACAAGUGGGAAAAGUAAGAGGGGCAUUGGUUGCCACUACCAAGCCUAUAUCCCUUAAAACGCUAUCAAGCAUCAUUAAAAUACCAGAUCCGAUGAUGGUAACAAUUGUUUGCGAUCUAAUCAAAGACGGAAUCGUCGAUGGAUGUCUUGAUCGUGGAUCAGAUAUCAACAGCGUUUUCAUUCCUAAAAUUUUUCAGCAACAUCAAAUCGAUUCGGUGACUAAAAAUUUGGAAACAACGGGAAUUUUGACCUUUAACCAACUGGCUAAACUAGCUAUUGCUGAUCCCAAAGGAUUUAUUGAAAAGAGUUACCAAAGGAAAUUAAUUUUCCUGCCCGAUUGCUGUGUAACGGAGCAGAUGAUAUCAGAACCCAUCGCAGCUCUUGAGCAAUGUAUUUGCGAUAGUUCUUGGCUGGACUUGGGGUCUGUAAUGCCAUCUUUGCUUACAAACGAAAACAUAAUGAAGAUAUAUGACAAAUGUGUCGAACGAAACUCAGAUAUCAGCAAAGAGCUCUUCGUUCUCUGUGACACUGUGGUUGUUUCUAAGAAGUUCGUAUUGGGAUUGGAAAAAUUGUUUCACGGCAAAGUUAAAGAAAAAGCUGUAAAAGAUGUACGGGAGAACUUUUUGAUGGUCGAAAAAAUUCUAAGCUCAGCGGCCGAAACAGCAAAUACUGCUGCUAAUUCUAAGAAAGAAGAACGAAAACAAAAGGCAAUGGGGAAGAAAGGUCCAACAGGAAAAGCAAUGAGCGUUGGUGGGAGGGGAGGUCGAGAGGCCAAAACUAAAAAGGCAGUCAAAAACAAAUUCAGAGAUAGACAUGAUGAUAAUGAUCAAAGCGACAGUGAUCAGGAAGUUCAUGAAAGCAAAUCAUUGUCAGAUAAGUUUUUAGGAGAGGUUCUGAAGUUGGCAGAUAUCGAAAAUCUUCUCGGAGAUAAAUUUGCUGACGAAAUUCCAUGUGAUUCUUUUUGCCCAAGUCUGGCUGAAAUGAUUUUUGUUCCGCUCCGAAAGCUUUACGAAGAGAAACUGAAAGUUGAAUUUGAGAGAAACCAAGUCAAAACUGUUUCGGUGACAGAUAUGCAAAAUUCUUUGAAAGAGUUUGCUCUAGGGCUACCAAUAUUAGAAAAAGCUCUCAAUGAGUUUAAAGAAACAGCUAAUUAUUCUCAAAUUGAGCAGCACGUUCUCAAAAACGAAUGUAGUGCGGCAAUAAGUACCCUAAUUAAUAUAAUUUUGGAUGAAUACAAUUGUUCGUUGAGCAAUCCAACUGAUCUUACUCCAGAGAAGAGGCUGAAACUGAUAAGCAACAUCAGAAAUGAGGCUCACAAAAACAGUUUGACAGGCUUGUGCAGAAAGUUCGAAAGUUUCGAGUCGUUUUCGGAGAGUUUUCUGAAGAGCUGCGAAGACUGUGAUGUCUACAUUGGUAAAGCAGAUAAGAAAAAAGAGAAAGCUAAUCUUUCAGAAUGCCUGAAAAAGUUCGAGAAUGACAUUGCUAAUGCUACAACACUUAGCGAUCUGCUGCUUAGUUGUUGCUUGUACCUUUUCUUGAAAACUUUCAAAGCACCCAUUACAUUGCCCGGGAAAUUUGUAGCAAAUUGUUUAGAAGUCCUCAAACCAAAAGUUGACGAGAAACUGUUUGAACUGUUAUCAGACGCUCAAAAGUAUGUGCAAGCAGACCUUAAAAGUAAAGACGAUGAUACCAAUGAAAAAGACUCUGCAGAAUGGAAGAAUGAGUUAUUUGAUAAAUUGAAAACCCAAGUUUUUGCAACACCAACAGCUCCGCAAACCAAUAAUUAAAAAUAACCUAGCAGCUUCUAAAUUUUAUGGGAAAUUAGUUACAUGUGUAAUAUUAGGUAUAUACAUUUAGAAUGCAAGUAAAUUUUAUGUCACAUCGA